GAAAUUGGGUACACUUACUCUUAAUAAUAUAAGGAACAUUAUUAACUGAAAGAUUUUGUUAAAAAAUUUUGUAAUGAAAGCUGCUUUGAAGAUAAUUUUGUAUAUUUAAUUUUUCUGAAAAGCCAUCAAAUGAUUUAAUGUGUUAAAACUGAAGAAUUUCAUUGGGUCUGAGGGUCAGACUACUUGAGUGAGUACACACACGUUUUCCUAUGUAUUUACACUGUGCAUGUAUAGUAUAUGUGCUAUGUAUGCCUUGUCUGAGGUUCUUUAUUAAUAGCGCCAUCUCUUGGUGAACUGAGGUAAUGUGAUAUUGGAAUCAGUUCUGGAGAUUCUGUUUGAGAAUUUGUAUCAACAUAAAUCUAAAGCAUCCUACAUGGGAUUGCCCUAUAUAAGAAGAUUUUUGGAGGCAAAGAGGUCAGUAGAAACAUUGAUUUAUGUAUUUAAGAAAUAUGAAUAUUAUAAUGCAAGAAAAGUUGAUUCUAAUUUGGUUUGAUUGACAUGACAGGCUUAAUGCAUUAAUGUACAUGUAUGUGAAGAAAGCCAACAGAAAGUAUGUUUGUCAAAUGCAUAUCUCUUGGAAAGCACACUUUAUUCAAACACCUGAUAAUGCUAUAGUUUAUUAAUUCCAAUUGAUGAUGUCUAAGAGACAAUUUUAUGUUAGUAUUAAGUACAUGAAUUUCACAGGUGUAAUUUAAUGUUGAUUGCUGAAGUUGUUUGGUUGUAUACAAUUUAGUGAGAAGCUUUUCAGUGCUAAAUAUAUCAAUGUAUCUUGAAACUGGAUUGUGAUUUACAUUCAGGUCAAAUGAUAGAUUUAUCAUAAUGGUCAAAGUCAUAAAUGAUGUAAAGGUUUAUUGCUCUUGUACUUAUGACUUUCCUAUCAUUUUGUUUCUACCAACAGUUUUCACGGAAUUUGCUUCAUGUCAAUACAGAGAAAAUAUACAGAAGGAAAUAAAUGAAGAAUUAAAAGGAUGACAUGAAACUUUAUAUUCCUGUUGAGACCUUUGUUUUUAUUUUUGAACUCUCAAGCAAGUCUUCAGUUACAGUGAAAACUCUAUGCAAAGACUUAUCAUCAUUACAAAAAAGGAUUCAAGAUGUCCGAGCCUGCUGAAUUAAAGAAAGUCACAGCUAAUGGCGGUGGUGAUGCAAGUGUAAGAACAAGGAAGCCGACUGAAAAGGGAAUUCAAAAUCAGUUGGAUGCGAAGCUUAAAGCCUGGAAGAGUUCUCUCACCAAAUGGAGAAGGCUUUCUAAUAAACUUAGAGAGCUUCUAGUUGAAGAUGAUGUUGAAUCUUCGGUGAUAAAGGAUGGCCGUGAUAACUUGCAAGCAGCCAUGGACAAUGUCAUCUCAGUGCAGGAGAAUUUAGCCGAAUUAUCUUCAUCCAUAAAUAUUAAUGAUAGCAGUGAGGAGAAAUUGGAUGAAAUUGAAGAAGAACAUUCCUCCUUGAUGAAGGACACUUUGAAGAUGCUUCUUGCACUACGAGGCGAAAUGUCUUCACAUAAAGGAACUUCUCACUUGUCCGUCUCGUCAACAUCACGAAAGUUGUGCCAGGAGUGGGUAGACGAUUCAAGGAAGGUAAAUUCUCCAAAGGAAAAGGACAUUACCACGAUGAGAAGAAUUGAUGAACCAACCUAUGAUCCUGAAGCAGUAUCACACAAGAAUGCGCAUACAUCAAGCCUUCAUAAAGAAGAAGUUGUCCUUGCUAGUAGUUUGACGGAACUUCUUCGCUUGAACAGACUUCCAAUACCUGAGCCUGGAGUUUUCGAUGGUAAUCCACUGGAAUUCACAUCAUGGAAGCGAAGUUAUGACGCUCUCAUUGAACAUCGCGGUAUUCCAGCCGGAGAGAGAUUUUACUUCCUGCUGAAGUAUCUUAAAGGUGCACCAUUGGUGUUAGUGAAAGGAUACUCCAUGCUAGGAGAUGACGCUGCAUAUGUGGAAGCCAUGAAGGUGCUACAAGAGAGAUAUGGAAAUCCCUUUGUUAUUUCCAAUGCCUUCCGGGACAAACUCGAUGACUGGCCUAAAAUCAGCCCCAAGGACUAUUUAGGCCUCCGGAGAUUUGGAGAUUUUCUUCACCAGUGUUGUACAGCAGCCAGAUAUGUCCAUCACUUACAUCAUUUGGAUGAUGAAAGAGAGAACAAAAAGUUGAUGAGCAAACUGCCUGAUUGGCUAAUCACAAGAUGGGGCAGGAAUGUAGUCAAAUGGCGGCAAGACAGAGGAUCCUUUCCUCCCUUUUCUGUCUUCACAGAAUUUAUCAUCAAUGAGGCAGAUAUUGCUUGUGAUCCGAUCACUUCUAAUCAGACAUCACCCUUGAAAGAAAGGAGACAGCAGUCUUCUAAUGUGAGAACAUUAUCAACCAGUGUGCAGGGGCAGCAAGCAAAUGGAAGGAAAGGAAAAUGGAAACCCCUUUGCACCUACUGUAAGGGAGAACAUCAUCUUGCUACUUGUAAAUCCUUCAUGUCACAGACAUUAGAUCACCGAACCAAGUUUGUUUUCGAUCAUGGUCUGUGCUUCGGAUGUUUAAAGUCCGGUCAUCUUUCUAGGAAUUGUAAGAAGAGGUCAUCAUGUUCAACAUGCAAAAGACGUCACCCCACUGUUCUGCAUGAUGAAAACUGGACAGAAAGACAACAAUCUAAGAAAGUUGACAUAAAGAAUGAAGCUGAGGAAACUCAAACCACAAGAUCUCAUGCUUCAACCACGAAGGACAAUCACAGAUCUCUAAAGACAUCUACUAUAGUUCCUGUGUGGCUAUCGCAUGAAUCGGUACCUGGGGAGAGGUUAGUGUAUGCUAUGCUGGACACUCAGUCAGACACUAGCUUCAUUUUAGAUAAAACUAAGGAAGCAAUGGGCAUUGAAGGAAUAGCAGUCAACUUGCUUCUUUCGACCAUGACGCUGGCCAAUGAGAGAAUUUCGAGUGAAAAGAUCAGUGGACUUAAAGUUCGAGCAUUUAAUGGAAGAGAAGAAAUUUGUUUGCCCCCAACUUACACUCGGAAUAUUAUGCCGGCAAAUCGAGAACACAUACCAACGCCAGACAUUGCUAAGGCGCACCCUCAUCUUAACGACAUAGCCAAACAUUUGAUUCCCCUCCAAGAUUGUGAGAUUGGACUUCUCAUUGGCUAUGAUUGUGCAAGGGCCCUCACUCCGCGAGCUGUGUUAAGCUCCCCUGAUGAUGGUGGACCAUUUGGAUUACAAACUGAUCUUGGAUGGAGUGUUGUCGGUACAAUGGAACCCAACUAUCAUGACAGUGCACAUGAUCAUAUUGGAAUCAGUCAUCGCGUUAUGGUGCACGUUAUUCCAGAAGAAUUGCAAGUAGAUGGCCAUCCAACCACAGUUACCUUCAGCCAUCAAUCAAGGAUUAAGGAGGAGAUCACUCCUUCUCAAGUCAUACGUCUUUUAGAAGCAGACUUUGCACCAGAGAAAAGACAAAGGCCAUAUUCGAGGAAUGACUUGAGAUUUCUAGAGAUAAUGGAGCGUCAAGUUCAUGUGUCUGAAAGUGGUCAUUAUGAGAUGCCUCUGCCAUUUCGUGAUGAAAAUCCUACUCUUCCAAAUAAUAGGGUCCUUGCCGAGAAAAGACUCAAUCAUCUCAAGACAAAGUUUAAGAAGGAUCCUGCGUAUCAUGAACAAUACACAAAACAAAUGAAUACCCUCUUCAAUAGCAACUAUGCAGAGGUCGCAUCAGAAUCAGGAGAAGAGGGUAAAGUAUGGUACAUUCCCCAUCAUGGAGUGAAACAGCCCAACAAGUUGAGAGUUGUUUUUGACUGCAGCUCGCAGUUUAGAGGAACUUCAUUGAAUGCUCACUUGUUAACAGGACCGGACAUGACUAAUACCCUCACCGGUGUUCUUUGUCGAUUCAGGAAAGAAGUCACGGCCUUCAUGUGUGACGUGAAGGAAAUGUUCCACCAAUUCCAGGUAAACAAAGAGCAUAGAAACUAUCUCCGGUUUCUAUGGUGGUUAAACGGAGAUGUUAGUCGCCGACUUAGUGACUGCCAGAUGAACGUUCAUCUGUUCGGUGCCGCUUCAUCGCCUGGCUGUUCGAACUUUGCAUUGAAGCAGAUUGCAAAAGACUAUGCAGAUGAGUUUGGACAUGAUGCAUCAGACUUCAUACAGAACGACUUCUACGUAGACGAUGGGUUGAAAUCUGUAUCAACCGAAGAUGAAGCCAUUGAUCUCAUCAUGAGGACGAGAAAGAUAUGUGAACGUGGACGUCUUCACCUGCAUAAGAUAGUAUCUAACUCCAGAAAGGUAAUGCAAUCUGUUCCAGUUGAUGACAGAGGAAAGGACCUCAAGGAAUUGAAUCUUUCGCAAGACACCUUGCCUGUGGAAAAGGCUCUCGGAGUCCAAUGGUGCAUUGAAUCAGAUAAAUUUCAAUUCAGGAUCAACUUUCAGGAUAAACCACUGACUCGAAGAGGAAUCCUGUCUACAGUCAUGUCAGUGUAUGAUCCUCUAGGACUAUUAGCACCCAUAAUACUUCCUGCAAAGCUGAUUCUCCAAGAAUUAUGUCGAACUUCUGCUGAAUGGGACGACCCCUUAUCAGAUGCACUCAAAGCUAAGUGGGAACAGUGGAAGACCGACAUUCUCCAACUUCAGUACAUCUCCAUCGAUAGAUGCUACAAACCAAAAGACUUUGGAGAAACCAGAGAUGUGCAACUUCAUCACUUCAGUGAUGCCAGUAACGCCGGUUAUGGGCAGUGUACCUACCUGAGACUUACAAAUCAAGAAGACAAGGUGCACUGUACCCUGGUGAUGGGAAAAUCUAGGGUCACUCCUAUCAAGACAGUAACCAAGCCCCGACUAGAGUUAACAGCAGCCCUGUUAUCUGUGAAAAUGAGUUCCUUUCUGCAAAAUGAACUCGAUUUUGUAAAUGCCAAGCAUUUCUUCUGGACUGAUAGCAGAGUAGUUUUAGGCUACAUUAAGAAUGAAGCAAGACGAUAUCAUGUUUUUGUAGCCAAUAGAGUGAGUCAGAUCAGAGACGAGUCAAUGCCUUCACAGUGGCAUCAUAUUGACACCAAAAAUAACCCUGCUGAUACAGCUUCAAGAGGACUCACUGUCAAUCAGAUAGAGCAAUCGAGAUGGUUAACUGGCCCCAAAUUCCUAUGGGAGAAGGAAAUUCCAGCUAUUGAAAGUAAGGAUGAUGGCGAAAUGCUUCCUAAUGACCCUGAAGUGAAGCUAACUCAAGCUCAUGCUGCUUUCAAGAAGAAUGAUGAGUUUGAGCUGGAACGACUAGACCGAUUUUCCAGUUGGCAUCAAACCAGAAGGGCUGUAGCAAAUUGUCUCAGACUAAAGUCCUACUUAAGAAGACGGUGUGAACAGAAGCAUCAGAGAGCUAACCAGAGGAGCGAUGCUAAGAAAACAGUUAUUGAGCCUAUGUCUGCUGAAUUACUUCUCCAAGCAGAAAAGGAGAUAAUACGGCAUAUGCAAAAAAAAGGCAUUCCAUGAUGAAAUUCAAAGACAGGAAGUUAUGAAAAAUGCCACUCAGACAUCUUCUCGUGAGAGGAGACGUCAUUGUAAGACUACCAGCCGUCUACAUCAACUUGACCCAUUUCUAGACGGUGAGAACAUCCUGAGAGUAGGAGGUCGCUUGAGAAGGUCUGAAACUUCGUUCACAAACAAACAUCCCGCCAUCCUACCUCAAAGUCAUGUUACAGACCUGAUUGUAGCUCAUUGUCAUGAAGAAGUUGCUCAUCAGGGAAGAGGCAUGACUACUAACUGUAUCAGAUCCCAUGGUUAUUGGAUAUUGGGUUGCAGUAAUCUUGUAUCCAAGCUCAUCUCUCGAUGUGUUACCUGUCGGAAACUACGACGACCAACACAGGUACAAAAAAUGGCGGAUCUACCAAAGGAUCGUCUAGCCUCUGAACCGCCAUUUUCUUACUGCGGUAUGGAUUGCUUUGGACCAUGGAUAAUCAGAGAAGGCAGAAAGGAGGUAAAGAGAUAUGGCCUUCUUUUUACUUGUAUGUCAUCGCGUGCAAUCCACAUAGAAGUACUGAACUCAUUGUCCACUGAUGCUUUCAUUAACGCCCUUCGACGUUUUAUCUCUGUUCGUGGUCCUGUUCGUCAACUCAGGUCGGACAGAGGGACAAAUUUUGUUGGUGCCAAGAAUGAACUCGUGAAAGCUUGGAAGGAGAUGAAUCAUGAGAAAGUUAAACAGCAUCUGCUCAGAGAAGGAUGCGAUUACUUUGACUUCACCUUCAACUUCCCCUACUCAAGCCACAUGGGAGGAGCUUGGGAAAGGCAAAUACGUACUGUUCGUAGAGUCUUGGAAGCAUUGCUGUGUCAAAAUAGUCAGCAACUGGACGAUGAUUCACUGCGAACAUUGCUAUGUGAGGCAGCAGCUAUUGUGAAUAGUCGUCCACUGUCUGUAGAAUUCCUGAAUGAUCCAUCUCACCUAGAGCCCAUAACUCCAAAUCUAUUGUUGACUCAAAAAUCAAGGGUAAUACUUCCGCCACCUGGUAUUUUUCCUCGGGAGGACUUAUACGCAAAGAAACGUUGGAGAAGGGUUCAACAUCUAGCAAAUGAGUUUUGGUCCCGAUGGAGAAAGGAAUUUCUGAGUCAACUUCAAUCAAGAAAUAAAUGGACUGUUCCACAGCGCGACAUGAGGGUUGGCGAUAUCGUGUUAAUCAAAGAUGAGAAUGUUCCCAGAAAUAUGUGGUCUCUGGGGAGAAUUGUUGAAACAUAUGCUUCUGGUGACACUCAUGUUCGCAAAGUGAAAAUUGCAGUAGGUAAUUCGAAACUGAACAAUCAAGGAAAGCGUGUUUCUCCACUGUGUCAUCUCGACCGCCCAAUUCAUAAACUGGUUCUUUUGAUCACGCAAGAAGACCAAGUAUAAAUUCCCAGCCAAAGAGCCUAUAGACAUUUAAUUAGGAUUUUUGCAAACUUCAUAAUUGGAUUUGCUAUCUUUCAUUUAAAUAUGUUAUUAAUUGAUAUUUGUAUAAAGUGAACUCAGAAAAUACAGUCAAAACGUGAAUCAGAGGAAACGUUCAUUUUUUGUUUGUGAAACCGAGAGACAUUCAUAUUUGGGAACAUAUUUACUUUAGACUCUAAUACUCCGAUUGGAUAAUUAUGCAUUUCGAAUCUACAGAGAAGACUGUAUGAACAUUUAUGGUUGAAGAAGGAUGAACAUUUGACAUAAAUUUGAAUUUCUCUAAGAGUAACUUGAUAUUCAUUUUAAGGUCUGAAAUUUAGACUAAGAGUUACAUGUAUCAUAUUUUUAUACAUGUAUUCGAGUCUGAUUCCAGACUACAUGUUCAUGUUCAGUGAUAUAUAAUAUAUGAUCUUGUACUUUAAACUCAUAAUGAUCUACUUGUAUACAAGUACAACACAACAAAUUGUGAAUUGCUCUUGAUCAGGUCUGAAUUUUGAGACUAGUUAUACUGUGGCAUGAUACAAAGUGCUUCCUUUUCGAUUACUAAUAAGUCAUGUAGAUUUCAUUCCACUUGUAAUGUGCAUCUAAUGACGGCACAUGUGAUACAUGUAUAUAGCGUUUUCAAAUUGAUUGACAAAGGUUUUGUCCAAAGGAUUGAUUUUUUUUUGUAUGCAAAAUUGUAUGCAAGUGAGUUUUAUGAAUCGUAUCACCUUAAUGAUAUAAUGAUUUAACGAUAUCAACAGAUCACCUUUUGGACUAUUACAGUUGCCCCAGGAACUCCUCGGGUUGCCUAAUGUUCUAUGAUAUGUAGGUAGUAUAGUGUAAGUAGAGAAAUAGAGUGUAUUGUAUCAUGUCUUUCAACAAGCAGUAUUUAAUUGACGUGAUAAACGAUGUAGUCAGCACUUUUCAAUUACAGAAUCAUACAGUUUCGAAGAUUCAGGUUUUGAUUUGAACAUGACAAAUUUCUGUCGGCUUGAUAAAAUGCUGAAUUUGGUAAUAAUGUUAACUUUGGGCACCGGAUGGUUUAGUUUUUUGUUUUUUUUGUGCCUUUUUUAUUCAAAGAAAAUAUAAAAUUUGUAAUGAUGGAAACGAAACAACAGUGCACAAUAUUUGACAUUUGUUUCUGCUGUAAGAUAUCUCAAGCUGUUCUUUGCAAGUGUAGCAAUAAUGAAAUGUAUUUACUUUAUAUAUUAAAGCUAAUGAAGUACAGCUUUCUGACUGAGCAUGUUGGUAAAUUAGAAAUGAUAAUUUAAAGGAGCCAUGUAAUGAAAGCUGCUUUGAAGAUAAUUUUGUAUAUUUAAUUUUUCUGAAAAGCCAUCAAAUGAUUUAAUGUGUUAAAACUGAAGAAUUUCAUUGGGUCUGAGGGUCAGACUACUUGAGUGAGUACACACACGUUUUCCUAUGUAUUUACACUGUGCAUGUAUAGUAUAUGUGCUAUGUAUGCCUUGUCUGAGGUUCUUUAUUAAUAGCGCCAUCUCUUGGUGAACUGAGGUAAUGUGAUAUUGGAAUCAGUUCUGGAGAUUCUGUUUGAGAAUUUGUAUCAACAUAAAUCUAAAGCAUCCUACAUGGGAUUGCCCUAUAUAAGAAGAUUUUUGGAGGCAAAGAGUUUUCACGGAAUUUGCUUCAUGUCAAUACAGAGAAAAUAUACAGAAGGAAAUAAAUGAAGAAUUAAAAGGAUGACAUGAAACUUUAUAUUCCUGUUGAGACCUUUGUUUUUAUUUUUGAACUCUCAAGCAAGUCUUCAGUUACA